UCCAAAGCUUCUCCGGAAUCCCCACAUAGAUUGAUUUUCUAAUCGCCUGGUUUGAAAAAGGGCUUUACAUUACCUACCUCCUACCUACCUACCUAUCUAGUAAUUCCAACCAAACGUUUUCAUUCUCCUUCUCAUUGUCUCUUUACAUCAUCAUAGCAUUUAUCCCCAUUCCCAGAAGAAAGAUCAUGGCCGAUGUUCGCUCAUUACUCCGCAAUGAGCUCGCCACCCGCAAGGGCUCCUCUCAGACAGGGAGCACGGGCAACCGUGUAACCAAGAAAAGAAAGGUAGAUCCCGCAGACGACCCGAUGCGCAAGAGGAUCAGGCCGGCCGGCGCAGAAUCCAAUUCCGCGGCGGGGCAUAUGACGAUACAGCCACCGAGCGCGACGGCCAUCGAAGAGGAACAUGAGGAGGAGGAGCUCGAACAAUUAGACGAGGAAGUCGCCGGUCCCGAAGCCCCGUCAGACGCUCCCAUCGAGCACGACUCCUCCGAGCCGGCGGGACAACCUUCAGAAACCCCUGCUGGGACAGCCCCAGUACCACUUCCUCAAACCGUGGAUGAGGAUGAGUGGGCGGCCUUUGAGCGCGAGGUGGUGGCACCAACGCGCAUGCCACACCGGCCCGCGGCGCUGAACGCGACGGCAACCAUCUCAGCCGCGCCCCUCACCGCGGAAGAGAUCGCUGCACAGCAACAGCGCGAAUCCGAGACGAUAAGCAAGAACCGCGAGGUGGAGGCGGAAGGGGAGCGCGAGGAUGCGGCGCGCUUCAUGGAGAACGAGUUCGAUGAGAUGGAACAGCUAGAGGAGCGUCUCAAGCGCCUCAAACAGAAACGCGAAGAGCUGCGGCAACUUAGACCUACCGAGGAUGCAGCAGUGCAGGACAUGGAUAAGUCUCCAUCCGCUACCCCUGCGCCGCAGGAUGAGCUGGGCCACGCUGGACGCCGUCACGAGAAUGGAGAUGAACAGGAUGACGAUGAUGAUGACGACGAUGACGAUGACGAUGAUGAUUGGGACAACUGGAGGUUCCGGUAAUUGUUAGGGUCAAGGUUCAGGCGUGGGACACAAACAAACGGCGUCAUUUCACAGAGGGAGGUCCAGAACUUUUCUAAAAACUUACAAUGAUACCCCAUGAGCUAUGUGCGAUCAGACAAAAUUGCUACUAAUCAUCUUAAUUCGCCACAGUGUUGGCAACGCGAGUGCUGUCCUGCUAGCUUACUUGCUCUUUCAUACCUCCACACCUGCGCUUGCUUGUGUGGCGGGGCAUAUUACGCCCGCAUAGCUGAAUCAUAAGCAUUGUGUGAUUGAUCCUUUAAAUAGAGACAGAAAUGGUUCAACAUGUAUCUUACACUCAUCUAAAAUCAUGUACCCUAUACAUGAAAUGCACUUCCCAAAUGCUCC